CCGGAACCAAAGAAGGGUCACACUCCUGUCGGAAGAAGGGAGCGGUUACUGCAACGCAAUACUAGCUACAUUUCAGAGUAUAAUACUGUUUGUUAUUAUUAGAAGAUCGCCGAUAUCAUAAGGUUUAUCCCAUUACAAAUACAUCGAUAUGGAAUUAUCUGAAAUCCUGUAUAACAAAGCAGAAUAUAUUGAAACGGCUUCAGGCAACAAAGUGAGCAGACAGUCUGUGCUAUGUGGAAGCCAGAACAUUGUACUCAAUGGAAAAACUAUUGUAAUGAACGACUGCAUCAUCAGAGGUGAUUUGGCCAAUGUUAGGGUGGGAAGACAUUGUGUUGUCAAGAGCCGAAGCGUAAUCAGACCACCUUUCAAAAAGUUCAGCAAAGGAGUUGCUUUUUUCCCUCUGCAUAUAGGGGACCAUGUGUUCAUCGAGGAAGACUGUGUUGUCAAUGCCGCUCAGAUAGGCUCCUACGUUCACAUUGGAAAGAACUGUGUCAUAGGCCGGCGUUGCGUGCUGAAGGACUGCUGUAAGAUCCUCGACAACACGGUGCUGCCCCCUGAGACCGUGGUGCCGCCCUUCACCGUAUUCUCCGGCUGCCCAGGGCUAUUCUCUGGGGAGCUCCCCGAAUGCACACAAGACCUGAUGAUAGACGUGACCAAAAGCUACUACCAGAAGUUCCUGCCCCUCAGCCAAAUCUAAUCACCACCAUCACCACCCCCACCACCACCACCACCACCUCAAGAACCUAGGAACCUUGGAAUAAUCACACCAUAGUCACAUGCAAAUGUAAUAACUUUUCCCCGCUUCUUCUUCUGUUCGGUGCUCCCAGUUGCCCUGGGCAGCAGUGGUUUGCACAAAGUUCAACGUCAAUGAACCGCUUUGUUAGGAGGAAAAGCGCGUUGAAAAGCAGCUGUCAUCCUUGUUUUUUCCCCGCUUAUUUUGGAUGGAUACUUGUACUUUUUAAUCUUUCAAAUGUAUUGAUUGCGUAAGGCUUGAUUUUUUUCAAAUGAUACCUUUUCUGCUUUGUAUAACUUUGUUUGACGUGUCAUUAUCCUUAGUGGAGCUUACAGGUGCCCACGGUGAAUAUAUCUCCUAGUAUUUGAUUCAACCAUCAGGAUUUGCUAAUUUGCUUGAAAACAAGUGAUGUUAUUUAUUUUAUGCUUACAUUGGCCGUAACCUCUCUCAACCUGCUACGGAUAUAAAUGUACAUUGUAUGUCUAUUCAUUUGAUGGGGAGAAGUGGCAAGUAGAAUAAUAGUAGCACAUAAGACAUAAAGUUGACCGAGGACUGAUGGGGCAAGGCUUGUAUUAGGUUUAGCCCUUUUCUUAAUUUAUGGACCAACCGGUAAAUGGGGCUGAAUUGUUUGCAGUCAUAGCUUAGUCCCAACUUGAACGUAGAUUGAAACCAUUUUCAUUGUUGUCACAUUAAAGGGCCCCUAUUUUACCACAAGGUGUGAAUGUGAUUAGCCAUUUAAAUCGUACCACUUGGUACAUUCCCCUGGGCAGGAUAGUAGACGGAUCUAUCCAACAUGAAACUGGGUGCACACUCCCAUUUGUGAUAUCACAAUGUCACAGGGCAGGUCCUUAAAUUGACUGGAAUGACUCACAGGAAUGCAGUGGAUAUCGUUGAGAAACACUCUGGUUGUUCCUGUUGAACACUACUAAUCUUUUAUUUAAUAGCGAUUAUUUAAUAUUGGCCAUGUUUUCUUUCAAGUAAUAACAAUUGGUGUAAAUUAGCCUAGGCAGUUUCAAUUUUGUCUGUUUAAUAACCACUUAUUAAAAACCGCUCGACAAGUUUGUACAUUUACAACAGACUCGUGGGAUACGUAAAUUUAGCGUUGUUUUUAAAGGCACAAAUCUGAAACUGCUUUGGAAAUAGAUUAAUGCUCUAUUGCCAUCUAGUGGCUUGCGUCCAUAGCAUAGACUGUAAAGGGCUAUACUAAUUGGAUUUUUAUCAAGAUCGGAACUAGUUAUGACAUGAUUAUUUGACCACUCAAUAUUAAACAAUGUUUUUAAGCAAUAUCAAUUGUAAAUAUUUACAAAGAUCCUAAAAGUCACUUCCAACAGCAGUGAACCUUGAUAAAUAUUGUAGAUUCGCCAGUCUGGAUAAGGCCUACUCUGGAAUUCAGUGUUUUAUUGCAGUUGCUAAAUAAUCAGCAAGAAGCUUGAGAUUUCCUAAUUUUUUUUAUUAAACAUAGUACAUCAAAUUGCAAUUCAAUGGUUUAGUUUUAUUUAUUUCACAAUGUGAACAACAUAUAUCAUACCAACACCUAAAUGUUAAGUAUAUAGAUUAGCAAUAUUUUUUAACAAAUAAGUAUCAAGAAAGCGCUGAUAAUAGUGUUGGCUCCAGAGAGUCGUGGCAUGAGUGGGCCUCUUAGGGACAGAUGUGAUGAAGACCUCUGACUGGUUCGGGGAGGUGAAAUGGGAAAUAAAAUCUGUUGCCCAGGUCAUUAGUGGGCAUGGGCAGGAAGGCAAGUGUUAAUUGAACAGAUGCUAAAACCCUAUUAGGAAAAGCCUGUCGAGACCAAGUAGAUAAUCUGAACAUACUUCAGGGGGUGUGAAUCACAGCUGCUUCUUGUAAGUAUGCCCCAAAUUUCCCCACCCAUUUACUAUUUGAGAAAGGUCUACUUUGAACUAUGUACCAAGAGCUUAAUGGAUGCAGCUGAACAUCAGAGGUCAUGCCAUGGUGUUUUAACAGUCGAUUAAACCCAAGUACAGCUAGAUCAAAUGCCCUGUUGGAAUUGUCUUCUAAAUUCAAUCCUCCUUUUAGCAUAGCAUCAUCUUAAGCAGCAUGAUUCUACACUUUGUAACACGCACACACAAAUGAUUUUCAUGGCAAAGAUUCUUAAAAUUGCACCUCUGUCCUUCUCCAUUACUGGCUGCUUGACACCAUUAAUGAGGCGUCUGUAUCCUGUAACGAUCCCAUUUCAAGUUUACUUGUCUAGAUCCCUUCACAGCAUGUGCCA